AAAAGAAUCUUCUGAUCUUAUAAAAGAAUCAAAUAAAAAGAAAGAAAAAUUAUCUACCAAUAUUAUUCCAAAAGAGUCAAAUUUAACGGAAGAUAGAACUAAAGUUGCUACAAAUAUUAUGUUGAUUUCACAGAAACAUCAUUGUAAUGAAUAUGAAAGACCUUGCUACAUUAAUGGCUCAAAUUAUUUACAAUUAAUACCACAGCAUUUGAAUACUUAG